CGGUGUCACCGUGUUAUGGUUCCCACUGAGUUCUCACGUAAAGGGCGGUGAAAACUGCUUAUUAACUGUAGUUUUCUCAUAUUUUGUCACACAUUUUUAGCAUGUAUCUAACGCAGGAGCUAGAGCUUUUCCCCGACCACAGAGUGACUCAAAUACUUUUCAAAGAGGUCAAAAAUGCCGCAGAAUUGAAACAAAGUGCCGUGGCGGGUAAAAUAAAUGGUGCCUUGAUCAACCCUACAAUGCUGGUCAAUCCUUUCCAAGUGCUGGUAUCUGCCAAUAAAGCUGUUCACUUCCAGAAAAUUGGAAAAAUGAAGACAAGAAGUCUAUACUCAGAGAUUAUCUUCAACCUGUCACCUACUAAUAAUAUCUCAGAGGCCUUCAAAAGGUUUGGGAUCUCAGACGGCGAUGACUCUGUAAUGGUGGUCGUUGUUCACAACAAAGACGAGUCGCAGCUUCUCACAGACAUCGCAGCCAAGGUGGAUGGACGGCAGGUUCCAGUGGAAGAUGUUUCCUUGCUGUCAGACCCUGCAAAGAUCAAAAAGCUGUAUAAAGUCACUCCCCAAGAGGAGAAGUGUGGGACUCUACUGGAUGCAGUUGUAUGCAGAAUGGCCACCAAGGAUGUCAUGUAGCUACAACAAGAAAAUAAGACCAAAAAACAAAUUUUCUUAUGGAACACCUGUCGCAUUUUUCCCAUAUGAGAUGUUAAAAUGGGUUUUUCAUUAAUAAUGUUAUUCCAACAUUG